AAUCCAGUGAACAGCUGAGUGGGUAGCAAUACUUUACAUCGUAGCUGUAUGUCUUUCGACAUCUAGCUACCUCCAAAAUUCGCCAAUAAGCAUUGCAUAGCUAGCGACCGAAGUCACUUUUGUGGAUAUGUUUAUUUAAAAACCUUGCCUGCUAAUUUACCGACAGAGGUCUUCACAGGUAAGAAUUGAUUUGUUAGCUAAGGUUAGCUAGUUAACUUUACCGCGUUGCUAGCUGGCUUGCUAAUGCAUAGAGAAUGAUAGAGGCAUGUAGUGGCCAAAAGGCUAUUUUUGCAUUGGGGCAGGUCUCUACCGUUUUAGUGUUGUCAACCGGGUGGGACUUCCAACUUCAUUGGCUGACCCCUCCUGGUGACAUGUCCAAUCUAGUUCAUCAGGAGGGUUCAGCCAAUAAUGAAGAAAAAAAUUACCUAUUUUAAAUUGAGAUGGUCUCAAUGGCGCUGCCAAUGCUGUCACAUACGCUAUCAUGGCGCAGAUACAAAGAUGAGUCCUCAAUCUAUCUCUAUGUGCUAAUGUUAGUAAUUAGCUAACUAGAGGUUAGUUAAGUGUAGCUAACGUUAGCUAGCAGUUAACUGUUAUAUUUCCAGUUAUGGUUUUCUAUGAUCGGUGUUGUUAUACAGGGUGUCCAAGAAGAUGUCUAAGAGGAAGAACAACUCAAUUGGAGAGAGCCCUCACAAGAGAGUCAGACCCACAGAGGUUUAUGAUGAAGAUGAUGAAGUGGGUCCCAGCCAACCCCCUGUGCUAUCAGGAUCACAUACGGUAUCUAAGUUAGCUAUUGUACACUUCAUUUAUGUGAGACCGUUAUAAAUAAGAGUAGAGACUGCAGUUGUCACUGUCAGUGUUGUCAGUCUAAGGUUGGGUGCCUGGGCGCUAGCCAGAUUGUUAUACCCUCAUACAGGGUCGUUCCUGUACCAUACCGUGCAGUGCACACAAGGGGCGCUAUUUCGAAACGUAAAAACACCUUAACAAAUUUAGGCAGCAGGGAUCUUGAUCCAGGAGGGGCUUGAUUGUCUCGGCUGUAACCAAGAAACGUCAUCUUGCAAGCUAGCCACUUAGCUAGCAAGUUAGCAAACUAAAUGCAUAGCUGCAGCCCUGAGCUGGAGAUCAUUUAUUUGGCACAUCUUAGUUCAUUUAUUUGGCACAUCUUAGUUCAUUUAUAGUUAGUUAUAAGCAGGGGCGUAGCGCGCAUCCCUGCCCUUGUUUUAGGGCACCCCCAACCAAUGAUAUGGUAUACUGCCCAAGCCUAGUUGUCAUUCUUGUUGUGAUUGAAAUAUGUCAGUCAAAUUGAGCCUAUUUCAUUCUCAAUUUACCUGACAUAUUUCAGUCACAACAGCAGGAGUGACAACACUGACAGUGUCUGCAGAAUCUGCUAUUCCAUGCAGAUCUCCUCUAGAGCAGUGAUGUUUUGGGGCUGUCGCUGGGCAACACGGACUUUCAACUCCCUCCAAAGAUUUUCUAUGGGGUUGAGAUCUGGAGACUGGCUAGGCCACUCCAGGACCUUGAAAUGCUUCUUACGAAGCCACUCCUUCGUUGCCCGGGCGGUGUGUUUGGGAACAUUGUCAUGCUGAAAGACCCAGCCACGUUUCAUCUUCAAUGCCCUUGCUGAUGGAAGGAGGUUUUCACUCAAAAUCUCACGAUACAUGGCCCCAUUCAUUCUUUCCUUUACACGGAUCAGUCGUCCUGGUCCCUUUGCAGAAAAACAGCCCCAAAGCAUGAUGUUUCCACCCCCAUACUUCACAGUAGGUAUGGUGCAACUCAGCAUUCUUUGUCCUCCAAACACGACAAGUUGAGUUUUUACCAAAAAGUUAUAUUUUGGUUUCAUCUGACCAUAUGGCAUUCUCCCAAUCCUCUUCUGGAUCAUCCAAAUGCACUCUAGCAAACUUCAGACAGGCCUGGACAUGUACUGGCUUAAGCAGGGGGACACGUCUGUCACUGCAGGAUUUGAGUCCCUGGCGGCGUAGUGUGUUACUGAUGGUAGGCUUUGUUACUUUGGUCCCAGCUCCCUGCAGGUCAUUCACUAGGUCCCCCCGUGUGGUUCUGGGAUUUUUGCUCACCGUUCUUGUGAUCAUUUUGACCCCAUGGGGUGAGAACUUGCGUGGAGCCCCAGAUCGAGGGAGAUUAUCAGUGGUCUUGUAUGUCUUCCAUUUCCUAAUAAUUGCUCCCACAGUUGAUUUCUUCAAACCAAGCUGCUUACCUAUUGCAGAUUCAGUCUUCCCAGCCUGCUGCAGGUCUACAAUUUUGUUUCUGGUGUCCUUUGACAGCUCUUUGGUCUUGGCCAUAGUGGAGUUUGGAGUGUGACUGUUUGAGGUUGUGGACAGGUGUCUUUUAUACUGAUAACAAGUUCAAACAGGUGCCAUUAAUACAGGUAAUGAGUGAUAUUUUAUUAAAAAGGAAAUAAUCAAUGACCUGAUGUGCCUCCAUAUUAAAACAUUAGGAUUUACUGUAACGUCUUAGCUUUGUUUUGUUGCAGACUGUUGGAGAGGUGGGCAUAGUGGAGAGCAUCUCCCUGAAGAACUUUAUGUGCCACUCUCUGCUGGGUCCAUUUGCGUUUGGGUCCAAUGUCAACUUUGUCGUCGGCAACAAUGGAAGUGAGUUCCACCACUUCAUCCGGACUUUUUAUUUAUUUUUUUUAUCUCAAGAUGGUAUAAUUGUCGACUGAUUAUAGAUAGAGAUUAUUACGCGAUGGUAUAGUGUCUCCACUUGUUACUCUAUCGCAUGUUUCUUUCAGUUUUUCAGUAUUGAUCCAAUGAUGGUGCUCGAAGAUUUCAGUGCCGUGGUUCUGUGUCUGAUAUUGUGUUUCUAAACGGACAGGUGGAAAAAGUGCUGUCCUCACAGCUCUAAUGGUGGGCCUGGGAGGGAAAGCUACAACCACAAACAGAGGGUCCUCCCUGAAGGGAUUUGUGAAAGAAGGAGAGAGGUACUUGUGUUCCCUGUAUUUACUCACUCCCUUGUCUUUGGGGACAUUAUUUCUGCCUUGAAAGACUGGUUCCAGAUGUCUGUUGGAAGCACGGUCACUUACUGUUUACCUCAGGCAGUAAACCGUUGUAAAUGGAGAUUAGUGUUAACAUGCAUCUGGCAUCCUUGCAAGAGUAACUGUUAUUUCCCUUAGGAAUUUCCAUACAGUAAAACGUGUCCAAAGAGAUUCAGGAGUUUGUGACAAACCGUAAAUGUCAGUGGCUACACACUUCCCACUCACUACUGUGUUAACUGCCACCUGCCCCAUUUUGACAAUGCAUACAAAAGUGCCAGGUUUAUCCUACUGUCAUAUUUGAGUCAUAAUGCAACCCUGUUUGUGGCCCUCUGCUCUCCCAGUUCGGCUGACGUCUCCAUAACACUGCGUAACAAGGGCAGGGAUGCCUACAAGCCAGAAGUGUUCGGCCAGGCCAUCAUAGUAGACCUCAAGAUAACCCGCGAGGGCAUGAGGACCUACAAGCUCAAGAGCAAAGCUGGUAAUGAAUGUAAUAAGAAUGUGUGGAUUAACCUUCUGUAAAUGGGCCUUUCACUCAAACAGGCCCAUGGACCUGAGAUAUGUGCCUGACACUUUAGUGCAAAACCCCAUUUACAUUUUAGUCAUUUAGAAGACGCUCUUAUCCAGAGCGACAUACAGUUAGUGAGUGCAUACAUUUUUCAUACUGGCCCCCCGUGGGAAUCGAACCCACAACCCUGGCGUUGCAAGCGCCAUGCUCUACCAACUGAGCUACAGGAGGCCUUUUAAAAUCAAUCUACAUAGUUCAUUCUGGAUCUUAACAUUAGGCUAUAUUUCAAAAAGUGUUCCACUCAGCAAUAGAUGCAGUAUGAGCACAUAAGAAUGUACUUUGUCUUGCAGGUCAUCUUGUGUCUGCGAAGAAGGAUGAACUUUUGGCCAUUCUGGAUCACUUUAACAUCCAGGUACUACAAGUUCUGUUGAUCACCUGCAAGACUGUAUGAAAAUAUUGGAAACACUGUUGCUGUUAUAAAUAAGUAUUGAUUUAUUUUGUAUAAUCAUUAUUUUCCCAAGGUGGACAACCCUGUAUCUAUGUUAACUCAAGAGAUGAGCAAGCACUUUCUGCACUCCAAAGGAGAAGGGGAUAAGUACAGAGUCAGUUUGAUAUACUUGAAUCUUUUCAUUUAUGAAAUUCUGUAUUUGUGGAGGGCAUGGUGUAAAUUAAGGAAAUGGCAUGCAUCUUGCCAGCAUGUGUUGCAGGUAUUAUAUCUCUGCUACGUCUUAUUGUCAGUCUGUGGUUUUCACUGUCAAAUAGCAUGAGGGUGAAAGAGCUCAAUGUAGGCCUACCUUUUAGGACUGCUCUUACCUUGUUAGUGACUAAGUGUUCUGUUUUUCUCCCUCAGUUCUUUAUGAAAGCCACACAGCUUGAGCAGAUGAAAGAGGAUUACACCCACAUCAUAACAACUAAAAAUGUCACCCUAGACACUGUGGAGAAACACGAGGAGGUACGGAUCCACUUGGCUUAUGUGUGGUGUGUUAUGAAAUCACCCAUCUGAAUGCUUUCAUCCAAACCAGCCCUGCAGCAUGUAGUCCCAUAGUGUUCCCCCUUUUUACAAAGGAAGUCUUGUCCAUGAACAACCGAGAGAUCUUAAUGGAGUUGUUAUAAAGUAGCACUUUUGAAGUUUUAAUCAUUAUGUUUCAGUGUCUGGAGGGGCUAAAGAGGAAGUACCUGGAGAAAGAGGACCUGGUCAAAAGCCUGGCCUCGCUGGACGACAUGCACAGUAAACUGGAGGAGCUGAAGAAUCAGAUGGCUUGGGCUCUGGUGAGGGGCAGCAGCAUACCUUAAAAAUAUUAAUCUAAAAAUGGAUUUAUUUUAUUUGUUUAUUUAUCAAGGGUCAUGCACAACAGAUAUAUUGCAGCAGAUUUAGCAACCCAGCUAAAUACAUAUUCAAUCUGAUGUAAAAUCCCUUUCGCUCUGUCCUGCGCCAGGUGUCUGAGAUGGAGAAAGAGGUGAAGCCCAUGAGAGAGAAGCUCCAAUCAGAGGAGAGGUCCACCGUCAAAUACGACCAGAAAGUAGACGAGUGGAAGGUAACUAACAUCACCCUCUUAUUUUUACAGCCAUAAGCAUUUGGUGUGUGGGUUUCCUUCACAUUAUUGAAAAAUGCAGCCAUUACUUAAUUAACUUCAGUGACUAUUUCCCCUUGUUUGUCAUUGCUGAUGAUUGUUCUUUAUGACCUCACUUCCUGCCCAGACCAAGGUGGUGGAGGCGGAGAAGAAGUACAAGGGUAUCCGGGAGCAGCUGGAGGCCAUCACUGUGAGGGUGCAGCAGCUGGAGCCACAGAGUGCCGAGCUGAAGAACGAGGCUCAGAGCAGAAGCAAGGCCUUCAACACAGCCCAGGUGAGAGAACAGUGAUGAGUGUUACAAUACCCCAGAGUCUUCUAAAUAACAGGGGUUUAGCAAGUAACCAAUACAAGGCUUAACAUCAUUAACCAUAACAUCUCCAUAAUCAUAACUGCAGCACAAUGAAAAACUACAGCUUCCAGCUCAGAGCUCAACACUAACUAUAUGUGAGAGCUCGAUAACGAGGAGCUCUUUUCUAGUUCGCUAGUUGUUGAUUCGUGUCUCUCUUACAGGCCAGUGUACACAGAUUCAAGACCAACCUGAGAGACCUGGAGAAGGACAAGGAUCAGCUCUCCAGGAGAAUUAAUGAGCUCAAGUUGAGGUAGCGCCUCUGAUCCUUUCCCACCUCUUUUUCAGUUUCAAAAUACAACUUGUAUUGCCAUGGGAGAAGUGAUUUUAUGUUGCCACAGUCACAAACUGGAUUUCUUUCCCUUAUUCUCCUCCCCACAGUAUCAGCCAGACGUCGGGUGCGGAGACCCAGGUGCGUGUUGAGCGCAUGGAGAAGCUGCAGACAGACCUGGACACUCUGAACUUCCAGGACUCCACCCUAGGUCAGCAGAUGGAACAGUUCCAGCAGGCUGUGUCCCGGGCCAAGGACGAGCUGGAAAAGAUGACGUAGGCACUGAGCAAUCCAUUUAUAUACAGGCCUGUAACUCUUGAGACUUGGCUGUACAACGUACAAACACACACACACCGUAGUGACGUCAUAGGAGUCUGGAGCUAUGCCACAGGGUUCACAGGGCUUAUGAAAAACUCUCAUGGGUGUAGUCUUAUGUAAACGUUACGUGGCAGCCAUAUCAGAAGUAGGAAUAUUGUUUUGUUUAUUUAUAUAUAUAAGUGAUAGGGUGAGGUGUUGCCAGCGAUGAAACAGACAUUAGAUGAUAAGGCUGAGGUUGUGUGUUUUAAAAUAUAACCAUAUCUACUCCUCAACCAUAUCAACUGGACAUCAAUCAACUAUGUUUUAAAGGAGAGUGCCAUGAAGCCAUAAAAAACAGUGAAAUAUAAUUUUAAAAAACAACAGGAAAUUGUUGCUGAACAGGAGCAGAAAGAAGGCAGGAGCCCUAACCCGGAACCGGAGCCCUAACCCUGUGUGUGUUUAUCUCUGUUUCUCAGGCGAGAGGAGGAGGACCUGAAGAGGUCUAUGGACGUCAUCAGGAGGAAGUUGCAGACCAUGGAGGGCAGUCGCUCCGACCGCCUGCGCCGCUUCGGGGAAAAGAUGCCCGCGCUGCUCGCUGCCAUCGAGGACGCCCACAGGAAGGGCCAGUUCAGGAAGAAACCAGUGGGUCCGCUGGGUAAGACCUGUGUGUGCGUGUGUAUUUCCGUGCGAGUGAAAAUACUAUUAUCUUACCCUUCAUUCUCCUUUCUGGAUGUCAUGCUUAUUUGUGUAACCUUGUCAUUGGUUAAAAUUAAGCUCUUUCCAAAGUCCUCUCUCUCCUGGUGUGCCCCAUGCAGGGUACUGUAUCCGUCUGAAGGACCAUGAGCAGGCCCUGGCCGUGGAGAAAUGUCUGGGGAGCCUGAUGCUGGCCUUCACCUGUGACAACCACGAGGACGAGAGGCUGCUGCAGGGCCUCAUGAGAGGGUACUGCCAGGGGGAUAGGAGACCCCAGAUCAUCACCUGCCAGUUCUUCAACAGGGUCCAUGACACUAGUAGGCGGUAUGGAUGUUAGCUACCUACCACACCCGGCUUCAGGCUAGCUGGGCUUAUGUACAGGCUUAUUUGUACCGCUCUAAGGGUUCAUUUUGUUCUCUGUAACCAACAUGUUUUCUGUCGUGUGUGUGUGUCAGGGCUGUGAAACACCCUGACUACCCGUCAGUCCUACAGUCUCUGGAGAUCGAGGACCCAGUGGUUGCCAACUGCCUCAUCGACCAGAGAGGCAUAGAGAGUAUUCUACUCAUCAAGGUAGGACCAUGGAGUCUACUGCCACCAUAGUUAGAGUUCACUCAAAUGUCAUAAUGUCACCUUGGAUUGGCCAGUAGUGACUGCAACUACGAUUCUUGACUUUUUUCAGUGUCGCCCUCUUUAAGGGAUAGUUUACUCUUUUAAAGUUUGAGCCGAUAAUAAGCUACAACUUUGAAUACUUGAACUAUCCCCAUGCAACAACUGAAUUGCAUGCCAAAAACAACAUGAAUGAACUUCAAGCCACUUCCUUGUAGAAAACAGUAGCCUUUAGGACGGAAGGGAGAAAGGUUCAAUUUCUGUGGUUCUAACCCCUUUGUCUGUAACUACCAUGUAGAGUCCUGCAGAGGCCCGCAGAGUGAUGCAGGGCAGGCAGCCCCCUAGAAACUGCUACCAGGCCUUCACCAAGGAGGGAGACCAGUGCUACAACAACCGCUACUACUCCAACGACCAGAGGAGGUGCGACUACCUUAGCAGAGACGUAGAGGAGGAGAUCAGGUAAUGUGUGUGUGUGUGUGACAUCCAUUUGUUUUGAAAAGGUUUCUGCUGCUCUGUUUUUCUGACUCAAUUUAGUGCUUUACCUUUCUCCCUCUACCCCUUCUCUCAAUAUCUCCAUGUAUCUCUCUCAGGCAGUUGCAGGAGGAGAUGCGGAACAAGGCGGCCCUCUUGGAUCGCUUCAGCCAGCAGAAGCAGAGGGUGGAGGAGGACAUCAGGAACAACAACGGUCUCCUAAAGAGGGCCUAUGACGACAGGAAGAGAGCCAAGGUAACACCAACGCACAUCUUGCUCAAGCUGGCCUUUGUGACAAACCAGCAUCUCUCUCCUGAGCCGUACCAUGGAUCCAACUAGAAAUCCUUUAGGAGAGCACAAUGAUUCACCUCUGAUUAGACUAGAUGUGGAGUUACUAGGUGACAAGUCUCCUCUCCUCCAGGAUAAGUUCAGGAGGCUGCAGCAGGAGAUCAGUGACCUGCAGAACGUGGAGGAACCCCAGUCUGAGGACCUCAAGCCUCUGGUGGGCACACACCUCUAGACACACGGACCAUAUUUUAACAUUUAGUUUGAGCUAAUGUCAUUCAUGAACAUCUCCUUCCCUUUCUCUCUCUCACUCCCUUGUUCUCUCUAUUUCACAUUCCAACUGAUAUGAUACACACAUGUACUCACAUUCCACGACACACACCAUGCUCCUCCUGUCACACUCUCUGGCCUUCAGGAGGAGGAGCUGGAGGAGAUCAACAAUAAGAUCUCAGCAGCGCGUGCGGAGAGCAAGGAGGCCCUGGGAAAGAUGGCCCAGCUGAAGGCUUCCUGGGAGGAGGUGGAGCAGAGGUACCGCCAGCACAAAGAGUCCAUCAGCACCGUGGCCGAGGAGGCCGAACCCAUCAAGGUCAGUCACAUCAAGAUGAACUUCAAUUUCUAUUAACACAGAGGGAAGUUUGGUGUGCAAAUGAGGAAUGAACCAGGAGAGUGAAAAGGACGUAAAAUGCUGAUAAUCCAUGUCUUCAUUUUGUUGCACACAAUCAAUCACACAAAGAUUAAACGGAUAAAAGGUAAAGCCAAUAGAUGGCGAUAAAUCUCUCCUUCCCCCUUGUUUUCUCAGGAGGAGCUGAGUAAGAGCGACCAGGAUGUGGAGAAGAGCAAGCACCAUAAGAAACAUUACGAGGACAAACGCAAGGUCCACAUCAACACCAUCCGGGACCUCAAGGCCAGCCUGGAGCUCAAGGAGCAGGAGCUUACGGUACGUCUGGGAGGAGGUGCUACAUAUGGAUACUAACAGUACACUGACUAGUUAUAUCAGGGCCAUCUUCUGUGUAUGUUUUCUCUUACUGCCUGUUUUCCCUGCUUAAUGUGUGUGUUCCUUGUCUUAACCCUCCUGUGUCUCAGGCUUCUGUAGUGAAGGCCACAGAGCUCUGUCCAGAGCGGUCCGAGGUGCGUCGGACGGCCAGGAGUCUGGACAGCGAGAUCAGCCGUCUGAAGCUGAAGAUCAGCACCCAGCAGGACCAGCAGGGAGACCGCGAAGAGGUCAUCAGGUAACCUCCGCCACCCCUGACCUCUGACCCUUCACCCCACACAAACGUUUAAGGGAUGUUCCACUCAAAAUACGACCUGAUUUUAUUCCACUUGCCUGAGCUGUAGUUGAUUCCCUAAGUGUUCUUGGAUAUAUAUUUUGGUUACUUCGGUGUUGUUAUAUAUUAUGUUUUGUCAGUAUUUCCAUAUAAUAGGGCUGUCCAUAUAAAAAUGACUACUGGGUAAUCUGUUUAAGGGCAGAAGGUAAACGUUGCUUGCUUUCCCCCCUUUUCUCCCAUCCAGGCAAUACCAAGAGGCCCUGGAGAACUACAGUAAAAUUAACCAGCAGGUGAAGUGCCUCAAGCGCUUCAUCCAGGUCCUGUGUAAGAUCAUGGACGACAGACACAGAGUCUACACAGAGCUGAGGAGGUAGCUGGAUCCACCAUUCACUUCCUGUCUGUCCAAUAGAAUAUCAGCUCUGUUAUUUGACACCACUCACUGUCUCAUAAGAGAUCACAGAACAACUGGAUGGUACUGCUAGCAUCAACAUCUGUUAUAGAGCUAUGCACAAUAGCUAUUGAAAGACUGAAAGGAGGCCAUCUCGAUCUAUCGAUGUGGUGUUAGAUUUAGCGGAAAAGCAAAGCUGUUGCGCUAUGGAUUUGUUGUUAAAUUGUUUUCCUUCCACCUAUGUAUCUCUUUUUAGGUUUCUCUCAGUGCGCUGCAAGAUGUACUUUGACUCCAUGCUGUCACAGAGAGGCUACAUAGGGAAGAUGAUGUUCGAGCACAAGAACGAAACCCUGUCCAUCUCAGUAAGAAUACACUACAGUUUUAAAGCAUAGAAAUACCUUUUCUCAUGUACCCUUGUUGAAUGCAAAAGCAGUUAAAGGUUAUAAAAAAAACUGUAUGCCUAAUAAUCAAGUUACCCUCACAUUCCCACCCCCCUUUCCCAUUUGUCAAUGUCUUUCUUUUACUCCUCUCUUUCUGCAUCCUUCUUUGUCUCUACCCAUCUUCUCCCUCAUCCUCCCUCCCUCGCUCAGGUCCAGCCAGGUGUGGGGGAUAAGGCUGCUCUGAGUGACAUGCGCUCUCUGUCUGGAGGAGAGCGCUCGUUCUCCACUGUCUGUUUCGUUCUCUCUCUCUGGGCUAUCGCGGAGGCCCCCUUCCGCGCCCUCGACGAGUUUGACGUCUACAUGGUAAUAAUGUCACAUUGAAUGGAUGGAUGAAUGAUUUACUUUUAUUUAACCAUUUAAAAAUGCAUAUUAAAGGGAUACUUUGGGAUUUAUGCAAUUAAGUCUUAUUUCCUACUGUUAUGUUCUGAUCAAACAGAGUAAAAACCAAAACGGACGAGUAGGAAAAGCUCAAACCAAGUUAAUUCAACCCACUGAGUGCUUCAUCUUCAAAACACAAGUCACACAAGCAUAUAUUUAUACCUGUCGACUAGGAGUCACCUCCUUGUAUGUUGAAGAUAAACAAUUCAUCCAUGUUACUGGGCAGGAACGGAGGCUGUUCGUCUUACUGGUAUUGCCCUGCCUAAGUCUAUCCUUCAAAAGCAUGGAAGUGUGUGUGAGAUGAUCUUUGGGGUGGGGACCCUCUGGCCCCCCUCCCAGAGGUUUCUUCUCUCUUAAACUGUUGACCUUGAGUUGAGUUCCACAUGCCUCCUUGUCCUAGUUCUACAGCAGCUGGCAUGCAUUAUCAGGAACUGAGGCUAGACUGUUGCUCUUUACCUUUUUUCUUAGAAAUAUUCAUAUUCAGCAACAACAUCUUUGAACAGAUAGAAACAUUCUGCCCUUCCCUUUGUCUCACUCAGUAACUUUCCAUACACAAAGUUCCUUUUCACCCUUUAUUGACCCCAAACAUAUACAUGUUAAGUAAUUAAUAUGUUCUAAUAUAGUGACAGGAAUAAUUAUAUUUCAAGAUAGAAUCCAACACUACUUACCCAAAGUCAGAGGAACUGAUGGAUACCAUUUUUAUGUUUCUGCGUGCAGUUUGAAGGAAGUUGAAGGUAGCAUAUCGUUAGCAUAAAAAUGGUAUCCAUGAGUUUGCCUGACUUUGGGUAAGUAGGAAAAAAGUUUUACCGGUAGUUGCCUAAAUACAUUCAAAUAUUAACUUACUUUUAAUCUAAGCUCAUGUGUCUUCUGUAGCCUACACUGUGAGGACUGCUAAGAUUGAUACAUUGUUCUUCAUGUUUUUGCUCAAUUAUUUCAGUCAAUCGUUCUGUUCAGUUCUGUUGGCACACUGUCUGUCAAUAAAUGUAACUGUUUUUCUUUUUAGGACAUGGUGAACCGAAGGAUUUCCAUGGACAUGAUGUUGAAGAUCGCUUCUAGCCAACGUUACCGGCAGUUCAUAUUCCUCACCCCACAGAGCAUGAGGUAUUGUAGCCUCCAAUGACCCUCCUGUGUACUAACAUUAAGCAACUCUGUUCUAUUUUAUAAACUCGGCGGAUUGAGCCCUGAAUGCUGAUUGGCUGACAGCCGUGGUAUAGCAGACCGUAUACCACGGGUAUGACUAAACAUUUGUUUUUACUGCUCUAAUUAUGUUGGUAACUAGUUUAUAAUAGCAAUAAGGCACCUCUGGGGUUUGUGGAAAUGGCUAAUAUACCACGGCUAAGGGCUAUAUCCGGGCACUCCGUGUUGCGUCGUGCAUAAGAACAGCCCGUAGCAGUGGUAUAUAGGCCAUAUACCCCCCCCCCGGGCCUUAUUGCUUAAUUAUAUCAUGGCUUUGCCUAAUUAUCUCUCAUUUGGCCCCGUGUAGCUCAGUUGGUAGAGCAUGGCGCUUGCAACGCCAGGGUUGUGGGUUCGAUUCCCACGGGGGGGCAGUAUGAAAAAAAUGUAUGCACUCACUAACUGUAAGUCGCUCUGGAUAAGAGCGUCUGCAAAAUGAUGUAAAUCAAGUAAAUCAAUUUGCAUAUUCAGUGUAUCAAAAAUAGUGUACUUUAAAAUAAAUGUCUUCAUUGUGUUUGUCUUCCCUAUAGCUCUCUCCCAGUCAACAACCUGAUCCGGAUCCUGCGGCUGAAAGACCCGGACCGUGGCCAGUCUGCUCUUCCCUUUGGACAGAGGAACGAGGAAGAGGAGGAGGAGGAGGAG